CCGUGUGCUGUAUCCUGCUGGUUUGGUGACGGACGAACGUCCAGUAUUCUUCAUUCUACUGAGAAUCAUUUGCAUAUAUAACAACGCAUUGUUUAUAGGAUAGAAGGAGAGGCGCUCAGGAACAAUGAAGGAAGAAUUUCAGUUUGCAAUAGACAGAGGAGGAACUUUUACAGACAUAUGGGCAAGGUGCCCAGGGGGAAAAAUUGAAGUCAUGAAACUUCUAUCUGUGGAUCCUCAGAAUUAUGAAGAUGCACCCAGAGAAGGCAUAAGACGCAUUUUAGAACAGGAGACAGGUAUUAAGAUGAGUGCCGAUAAACCAAUUGAUACAUCCUACAUUGAUUGGAUAAGAAUGGGCACCACAGUUGCUACCAAUGCUUUGUUGGAGCGAAAAGGUGAACCAAUGGCUUUAGCUAUCACCAAGGGAUUCAGGGAUCUGUUGUACAUAGGGAACCAAGCUAGACCCCAGAUAUUUGAUCUUGAGAUCUCAGCUCCUGAUCAGCUCUACAGUGAAGUAAUAGAAGUGGAAGAGAGAUUAGUCUUCAAGCAAGACAAAUGUGAAAUCAACAAGUCAUGUGACCAGGUCACUGGGGUCACAGGUGAAAAGUUGGAGAUAUGGGAGAAGGUGAACACUGAAAAACUGAGAGAAGAUUUACAGAAGCUGUUAGAUAAGGGAAUCCAAAGCCUUGCUGUAGUUUUACUUCACUCUUACACAUAUGCCGAGCAUGAAAAAGAAGUUGGCAGGAUUGCACUAGAGAUGGGCUUCCAUCAGGUGUCGCUGUCCUCGGAAGUCAUGUCUAUGGUGAGAGUGGUUCCCAGAGGUUACACAGCUUGUGCUGAUGCUUAUUUAACACCACAAAUAAAGAAAUAUGUAGCUGGAUUUGCCUCUGGUUUUAAAGACAACAUUCAGAACACAUCUGUUCUAUUCAUGCAAUCAGAUGGAGGCCUAACACCUGUGAAUAAGUUUAAUGGCUCCAGAGCAAUUCUGUCUGGUCCAGCGGGAGGCGUGGUAGGCUAUGCUCUGACAACAUAUAACCAGGACACCAAACAGGCUGUCAUUGGUUUUGACAUGGGAGGUACUUCUACAGACGUGAGCCGAUAUGCUGGUCAGUACGAGCACGUGUUUGAGACCACCACCGCAGGAGUGACCAUUCAGGCCCCUCAGCUGGACAUCAAUACAGUGGCAGCUGGAGGUGGAUCCAUGCUUUUUUUCCGGGCGGGGAUGUUUGUGGUUGGCCCUGAAUCAGCAGGAGCCGACCCUGGCCCUGCAUGCUACAAGAAAGGGGGUCCUCUAACAAUUACUGAUGCCAACCUUUGCCUAGGAAGGCUUCUUCCAGAGUAUUUUCCAAAAAUAUUUGGCAAAAAUCAAAAAAGUCCUUUAGACAAAGCCGCAACUGAUAAAGCCUUCAAGAAACUUACAAGGGAGGUCAAUGAGUUUUUGUCCUCUCAAGAGGGCACAGCUAAGCAGAAGAUGACGACUGAGGAGGUAGCCAUGGGGUUUAUACAAGUGGCCAAUGAGGCCAUGUGUCGACCAAUCAGAGCCCUCACACAGGCAAAAGGAUAUGACACCUCCAAACAUGUGCUGGCAUGCUUUGGUGGUGCUGGAGGACAGCACGCUUGUGCAAUAGCACGAUCCUUAGGAAUGUCAAAGGUCUUUGUGCACAGAUAUGCUGGCAUCCUGUCUGCCUAUGGGAUGGCUCUGGCCGAUGUGGUGUAUGAAGCACAAGAACCAUGUGCAAAAGUAUACAACCCAGAUUUCUUUGAUUAUUUUGACCAACACAUUGCUGAACUUCAAAACAAAUGUAGGGAAGAACUGAUGAAACAAGGAUUUCAGAGAGAGCAGAUAGAGACACAGCCCUUUCUACACAUGCGGUAUGACAGAACAGAUUGCGCAUUAAUGAUUUCAUCCGAUAACCACCCUGCCAACCAGAACUCCUGCAGAUCUGGUGAUUUCAAAUCCGCAUUCCAGGAGAGAUACCAGAUGGAAUUUGGAUUCACCAUUCCUGAUCGACCAAUUUUAGUUGAUGACAUCAGAGUCCGUGGGGUGGGGAAGGCACUGGUCCGUGAAGAAAAGGAGGUCCCUGCAACGAGCUCUCCCCCUGUAGCAACUUUGACAGCCAACUGCUAUUUUGAUAAAGGUUACAGAGAAACUAACGUGUACCUGCUGGAAAAUCUGUCCUUUGGUCAUUCUGUGGAAGGCCCGGCUAUCAUAAUGAAUGGCAAUAGUACAAUUUUAGUAGAGCCAAACUGUACUGCCUCCAUAACCAAGUGUGGAGAUAUCGAGAUACAGGUGGGAAGCGGCAGCACUCAGCGUGUGGGUCCAGAUCUAGACGCCAUCCAGCUCUCCAUAUUCUCCCACAGGUUUAUGAGCAUUGCUGAGCAGAUGGGAAGAGUUUUACAAAGAACAGCUAUAUCAACAAAUAUUAAAGAACGUCUUGAUUUCUCGUGUGCAAUGUUUGGUCCUGACGGGGGACUCGUGGCCAAUGCCCCUCACAUCCCUGUACAUCUCGGAGCCAUGCAGGAGACUGUCCAGUUCCAGAUGACGCAGAGAGGCAAGGACUUUAGAGAAGGAGAUGUGAUUUUGGCCAACCACCCGCAGGCAGGGGGGAGUCAUCUCCCAGACCUUACUGUCAUCACACCGGUGUUUUGGCCCGGUGAAUCCAAACCAGUGUUUUUUGUGGCCAGUCGAGGCCACCAUGCUGAUAUAGGGGGGAUAACUCCUGGAUCCAUGCCCCCACACUCCAAGUGUAUCCAGGAAGAGGGUGCUGUGUUCAAAUCUUUUAAACUGGUGGACCAGGGCAUAUUCCAAGAGGAAGCUGUCACCCAGGCUUUUAUGGAGCCUGGAAAAUAUCCAGGUAGUAGUGGAACACGUAACCUUAGCGAUAACCUCAGUGACCUUAAAGCACAGGUUGCAGCCAAUCAGAAGGGCAUAACACUUAUCAAAGAGCUGAUUGAGGAAUAUGGAUUGGAUGUUGUGAUUGCCUAUAUGGCUCAUAUACAGGAUAAUGCUGAGAUUGCUGUUCAAGAAAUGUUAAAGGAAAUAGGCCGUCGCACAAGGGAGAGAACUGGCACGGCUCAACUGUCAGCAGAGGAUUACAUGGAUGAUGGAGCUAAGAUCUGUUUGACUGUCAACAUUGAUGAGGAAAAGGGAACGGCUGUGGUAGAUUUUACUGGGUCAACCUGUGAAGUGUACGGCAAUUGUAAUGCACCAAGGGCAGUAACUCUAUCUGCUCUGAUCUAUUGUCUGAGGUGCAUGGUUGGACAUGAUGUGCCACUCAAUCAGGGAUGUUUGAAGCCUGUGACUGCCAUUAUUCCCAAGGGGAGCAUCCUGGACCCGUCAGAGAACGCAGCGGUGGUGGGAGGGAAUGUCCUGACCUCCCAGAGAGUCGUGGACGUCAUCUUCCGGGCCUUCCAAGUUUGUGCCGCCUCUCAGGGUUGCAUGAACAAUAUCACUUUUGGAGACGACGCCUUUGGUCAUUACGAGACAGUGGCAGGCGGAGCUGGAGCAGGCCCAACAUGGAACGGCAGAAGUGGUGUGCACAGUCACAUGACUAAUACUAGAAUCACCGACCCAGAAAUACUGGAGAGGAGGUAUCCUGUGAUUCUGAAGAAGUUCCAUCUGAAUCCCGGGACAGGAGGACACGGCCAACACAAGGGAGGGGACGGAAUCAUCCGAGAGUAUUUGUUCCGGAAAGAUCUCACACUCUCUAUUCUCACAGAGAGGAGGGUUUUCUCCCCUUAUGGAUUAAAUGGUGGAGAAUGUGGAUCUAAGGGAGUUAACCUCAUCUAUUACAAGGAUGGGAGAGUGGUGUUCUUGGGUUCAAAGACUUCAAUUAAAUGCCACGCAGGGGAUGUGUUUUAUCUUCAAACUCCUGGGGGUGGAGGGUAUGGGAGUGAACAGGAAUUGAAAACUGAAACCAGGAAGCGAAAACAGAGGUCAAGUGAGGAAGGGUCAAAGGCCAAAAAAGGUCACUCACUGGUGGGUCGAGGGAGUGUUUUCGAAUACAAGAAGUCUCAAGAAUCUGCAUAGAUUAAAGAAAAUUACUGAAUUAAUCAGACGAUUUAAUUAGACAUUGUUCCAGCAUAAUAUUAUGGGAAUGGUGUUAGUUUCAACCAACCACAAUGAAGAUAUCAAAUUAUCAAUGUUAUUAUGUUGCCCGAUGUUGUAUAUACCUUCAGACAAUGAGGGGUGAACUGGGUGAAAACAAAAGGUGUGGGGAAUUUUUAAUGUAUACAUGCAGCAUUAGAUUUAGACAUUAUUAUUUUUAUUUUUUUUGUCAUUUACAAUUGGCUUACUUGAUUUUUUUCAAUCUUUUAUUCCUUCUCCUUGAUUUUUCUAGGAUCUAGUAUAAUCUAAUUUAUCAAGCAUUUUAUAUAUCAACAGUUAAAAGCAGGUGCUAUAUUAUUGUAACUCUAAUAUGGAGAUAGGGUACGUGUAGUAGAUACAUGUAGAGAUUUACAAAGUUGUUAAUGUUUGAAUGUGCUUUUGUAUAGUUAUUUGUUACUGAUGAAAAUAUUUAUCCAUGUAUAGCUUCUUCUUAGGGUUCCUUUAACCAGUUUCUACCCAAGAGAGACCAUAAACCAAUGUUAUAUGCAUUUUUAUAUAGUCUUCCAUGUUAUCAAAUGUUAAAUAACAUUAUUAUGUUUUUAUGAAAAAUAAAAUUCAUAUUCCCGAUAA